AUGCCAACUGUCUCCAAAAUCCUCUGUCCUGAAACCCAAAUGGACGAGGAGCAAGCCUUAAUAGAUAGACCACCUUGUCAAGCAUCCAUCCAUAUUGAUUACCUAUUAUACAUAAACUCCACCCACAAGAGUCUCUUCCCUAGCGCAAAAGUCGUGGACGCAAGCAACGGAUGGUCCAUCGUCACGCCAGCACGCGAGCUUGCCGCUAUGUUGGUUGACUUGCAAUCAAUGACUUGGAACCACUUCCAAGGCAAGGUCAUCGAGCACCUUGGCCUUGGGCAGUACCAAAGCGGCUUACUUGACCUUCUCACUUCCGCUCGCCACCUUGGUUCGCUUCACUGGCACGCAUGGAUCUCUGGGAACGUCAAGUUCAGCAAGUCAAAGAACACGGAGAUCACCGGGCAAUUGGCUUUCCUGGGAUUUGCGACCUGUGCCUACGAUAACUACCCUAACAAGGUUGUCUUUAAGAUCGUCAUGCGGGAGCCCCCGGCCAUGGGACUCAUGGCGAACGAUGCGGGCAACAACCCGGCGAAUCAAGGAGGCCGCGAAGAUGGGUUGGUUCGUCCAAAGUCAAGGGUCAGACCGACCAAGAAGAAGGCAUUACCUUUGGCGGCAAGCCACGGAGGGCUCAAGGACGGCAUACCAGCCGAAUCAGAACGCAAGGAAAGCCUCAACACCAUCGCGGCAAACCAGUCUACGUCAGGUGCCUCCACCACCACCGUGAUUGGCCCGAGCCCCGAAACUCAAGGCCCAAACCCCAAGAAGCGACCCAUCGAGGAACCGGACGAAAUCGAGGUCAUUCACGGGCCAAACCUGGCGCGGCUUGUUCAUGCGCACACCUACCGAGCGCCGUUGGGCCCUGAAUCGGCGGCAAUGGAGGCCGUCGAUAUGGAGACCUACCUAAGGGUCUCUCAUAUUGAGGAUGCCGACCAGGCCACCCGCCGACGCUUGAGAGCAAACGGAAUCACGCACUGGACAUUUUUCCGCCGAUCAUCUGAGGCCGAAUUGGUGAAUUUGGGGUUCCCGCUGGGAAUCACUCGGCUCCUUUGUGAGGGAGUGCCUAGGUUGACCCGCUAUGUAGAAGAUAGAUCGCUUCCUUUGUAG